AUGGCAACCCGCUCCCGGACAGCCUCUCAAGCCCAAUCCCCGUUUGAUCAAGGAUACAUGGAACCCCAGCUUCUGCCAACCACCCCUGUUGAGUAUGGCAAAGUCUCCCUUGAACGAGUCACACGACUCCUCCUUGGCCUACUUAGCCAAGUCAAACGUCUCAAGCAAGAAAUUGCAGAAAUCAAAGAAGCAGGGGUUGAGACCCAAACAAACGUUGAAAACAUCUCCCAAACCGUCGAUGUUGUCAAGGAUGGUCUCAAGUCCCUCCAGCUCCAAGGCCCCCGCACACCAGAAGGGCCCCAACCCAAGGCAGUGGAAGAAACGCCACGCCCCCUACCAAAAGCUGAGCCUAUUGGAUUGGCUAGUGGGACCCCCUUCUGGUCAGAACCCUCUAGGGCCUCAGGGCUUGCCCAGCCAACCCCAAGGAGAGCCGUACCCCUGCAAGUCCCGUCUCCCCCUCCAUCUCUGCGUCUCCAAUCCCCAAUUGGAGCACCUGCCCCUCCACCUCCGGCUCCAGCCGCCGCCUAUCCUGCCCCAGUCAAAAUAGACCACCCAGAUGCCUAUACAGGCAAGAUCGGGAGUGAAGCCAAACAAUGGCUCACAAGGAUGUUGGCCUGGACCCAAUUGAAUUCCCGCAUGUUCCCCACAGACCAAGAGGUCUUAUCAUUCCUUCUCAUGAACAUGAAGGAUUCCGCGGGAGCAUGGGCCCAUCCACACCUCAACCAGCUUGGGUCACACCAAGCCAUCAUCCAAACGGUUGAAGGUUUCAAACUGGAGUUCCUGGCAGCGUUUGGCAACCCUGAUGCCACAAGGGCCGCCAAGCGGAAAAUAACCUCUCUCACCCAAUCCGGCACAUGCGCGGAUUAUAUUACAAAGUUCAGGACCCUAGCAAUGGAACUGGACUGGAACAACGCGGCUCUCCGAGGCCAGUUUGCCCGUGGCCUCCACUGGGAGGUCAGCCGACAAAUCGCAACCCGCAAGCACCGCCCCCGUACCCUCCUCAAGCUGCAGAACGCAGCGCUCGUCAUUGACAACGCCCUCCGCAAAGAGCGUGCUAGCCACCCACCAAGGGAUAAUAAGCCUAGCAAACAAUCUAACCCCGCAAGGGGGACAAGUACCGGCCAGUCCACGACCGGUUCAAAGAAACUCUCCAACAACCCAAAUUUUGUGUCGGAAGAGGAACGCAAUCGCCGCCGCGCCGCUGGCGCCUGUAUCAAAUGCGGCAAAAUGGGCCACAAGUUUGCGGAAUGCCGCACGGGCUGGAAGGCUACCCCUAUAGAGGACAAGGGGAAAGCCAAGGAAACCGCCAAGAUUGGCAAAGACUCCAAGUACCAAUCGGGAAAAGAAAUCUCCCCCCUGUUCACAAUUUUGAUUAAACCAGAGAAUCAAGCGGAACACUUAGAAGUCCUGAUAGAUUCAGGCGCCACAUUGUCCUUCCUCCAUCCCCGUACCGCUGAGGCAUUACGCCUUCCCCUCAUAGACCUCCCAACCCCCCGCACCGUCACUAUGCUCAAUGGGUCAAGCCCCCAGGCUGGAAAGAUUUGGAAGAAGGCUCAUCUAACCUUCCUAAUUGAUGACAAACGCAUGACAGAAACCUUCCUAAUCUGUAACACUGGAAUGCACGCUGCCAUCCUAGGGAUCAGAUGGCUGGAAACGCACAAUCCCGAAAUUGACUGGAACUUGCGGACUCUAUCCUUCCCUCACAACCCGCCAGAACACGUGGCCAUUGCCAAGGAAGAAGAAGCUGACCAAAACCCUUUAGAAGGAGUACCCUCCAAAUACCAUCAGUACGCCAGGGUAUUUGGAGAAGAAGAAUUCAAUAAGCUUCCUCCCCACAGGCACUACAAUAUUGGCAUUGAACUUACAGAAGAGGGACCCCUGAACUCCCCCCUCUACAGCAUGACCGACGCCGACCAACAACAGGAAGACGGCCGUCUUCACCCGCUAGGCUUCCUAUCUGAGUCAUUUAAGGGAGCCAAGCAGAACUAUGACACCCAUGACAAGGAACUCUUAGCCAUCAUCCGCUCCUUUGAGUACUGGCGCAUCUUCUUGGAGGGAUCCACCCACCCUGUCACCGUAUUCACGGACCACCGCAAUUUGGAAUAUUGGAAGGAGUCCCGAACAUUCAAUCCAGGAUACAACUUCCAAAUUGUCUACCGCCCAGGAAAGCAGUCCGGAAAGCCUGAUGCCCUCUCACGACGUGCUGAUCAUGCCAACAUUCCACCCGCCGCCCAGACCAUGCUCCCUGACCCUGUAUUUGCCAACGUGGCCCUGGUAACUCCCGAGAAGGAACUCCAACGCCAGAUUGAGGCUGCCUUAGACCAAGACGAAUCCCUGGAGGAAAUACUACAAUUCCUCCAAAAUGAGUCAAAGGCCCCACCAUCAAUAAAACGUGCCUUUAAGGAUUACGAAAUGGAAGCAGGCUUGCUAUCCUACCAAGGGAGAAUUGUGGUACCGGACGUUGGAACAUUGAGGACGGACCUACUGCGCAUAUUCCACGACAGCCCUCUAGCGGGCCAUCCGGGCAGGCAACAAACCCUAGAACUGGUAUCCAGGAAUUACUACUGGCCUGGCAUCCAAGCUGACGCAUACUGGCACGUGGAUUCUUGCGAAACAUGCCAACGGAUCCGGAAACCCAAGUACGCUUCUAUCCCACCUCAACCUCUAGAACUCCCAUCACGCCCGUGGCAACAUGUAUCAUACAAUAUGAUAGUGGACCUACCCAAAGACGGAAAUAGUGACUCUAUCCUGGUCAUUGUGGAUAGCUUUACUAAAUACGUGAUCCUGGUAGAGUGUUCCAAGAAGCUCAAAGCCCCGGAGUUGGCAGAUCUAUUCCUGCGCCACGUGUGGAAACGCUACGGCAUGCCUGAGAAAACAGUAUCAGACCGCGGACGGGUUUUUAAUAACAAAUUCCUGAAGGCCCUGUACCAACGCCUGGGAAUAGAUCCCCACUUCUCCUCGGCCUACCAUCCUCAAAGUGACGGGCAAACAGAGCGUGUAAACCCCACGGUUGAACACUUCUUACGGGCCUACUCAGGGGUAAACCAGAAAGACUGGGUCAAGUGGCUGCCAAUGGCGGAAUUUGCCUACAACAACGCAGUACAUAGCUCAACAGGCAAAUCUCUGUUUAAGGCACUAUACGGCUGGGAACCUUCCUUGACUCCAAGUAACGUCCCAACGGACGUCCCUGAGGCAGACAAUCUAGCAACCCAAAUGGAAUCACAAUGGCGGGAAAUAGAGGCAGCACUCCGGCAAUCAAAGACACGCAUGGUGGCCGGAGAAGUAGGAGAACCACUUGAGUUUGAAAUUGGGGAAGAGGCCUGGCUAGACGCCAAAAACGUGAAGCUAAAGACCCUGAGUCUGAAGCUAACUGAACAACGCCUAGGCCCCUUCAAAGUAACCAAGAAAAUCUCCAACAGAGCAUACCGCCUAGAACUUCCGCCAACAAUGAGAAUCCACAAUAAUUUCUAUGUAGGUCUUCUAUCAAAAGUCAAGAGGGACAAAAAGCGCAGCUUUGAGAACCGGCCUCCACCUGUCACUGUGGAUGGAGAAGAAGAAUACGAGGUUGAAGGGAUCACAGACAUGGAGGAAAGGAACGGAAAAUGGUUUUUUAGGGUAAAAUGGAAAGGCUAUGGAUCAGAGGAAAAUACCUGGGAACCAAGGGAAAACCUCAAGAACGCCGAAAAAAUCCUAGAAAAAUUUGAAAAAGAAAUGAAAAAGAAGGCCCUUGGCGCUGCCAAGGCCCUUAGAGGGGGGCAGUGUUGCAAACGGACAACAUUUUCAAUCACGUGA